UUAUUAUUAUUAAUUAUUUAUUUAUUAUCUAUUUAUUUAUUUAUUUUUUGCGGCCUCUCUACAAUUUUUGCAGCCGAUCCUUCCGCCCAAGCUCUAACAAUGAGUCAUUCACCGCGUAACAAAGAUCCUCACACCAUUAGCCCUGCCCACUCCAAGAGGACCAGAAAGUCAUCAAGAUCUCGUGAUAAUGACAGCCCAGUCCGCAGAUCGGAUUCCUCACGACACCGGUCCCACUCAUCAAGGCGAAGAUCCCGAUCUCCACGCCAUAGAUCACAGAGGUCAAGAUCCAGGGGUCAUGAUCACUCUCCAUCUUCAAGAAGUCAAAGAAGGAAGAAGUGUUGGACAUGCGGGGCUACGCCACUACCCGACAAGGUAGUUUGUAAGGACUGCUUUACGGACUAUGCGUCCAGCCGCGAGCAGGAAAAUCGGCAGGCAGUAGAACUGCUGGACAAAGCUAUGAGAGACUCCUUCUCCAAGCUCUUGGCUGCUGUCCCUGUUCAGCCGACCUCGCAGGUACCACAGACUCAGAAUGUGGAACCCAGUCUCCCGGGGCCCUCAACAGUCGGGCAACCUGUACUACCGACUGAUCGGUCAGGCAGAGACUCCUCACCCGGAGAUGACUCGGAGUAUUCAGCAGAGGAAUCAGAAUCCUCAGGGUUCAGCUUUUCCCUGGUAAGCCCGUUUAUCCAGGCAGUUAAGUCAGCAAUCUCCUGGAAAGAGGAUGAUCCCCCUCAAGAGGCGACAAGCUAUUUUCCCUUUCUCAAAAGGAAGCAGAUUCUGUUCCCGUUAAUGGGGGAGAUAAGCCAGAUCAUUCUCAAUGAAUGGGCAAAGCCUGAUAAAAAGUUCUCUUUGACCCGGCUCAACAAGUUGUAUCCCUUACCAGAAUCUGGAACACAGGCACUAAACUCUAUGCCGGUGGUGGAUGCAUCAGUAGUACGCCUUGCCAAAAACGUGACCUUACCAAUGGAGGAUUCCACCUCCUUCAAGGAUCCCAUAGACAGGCGUAUUGACCUAGAACUAAAGAGGAGCUACUUGGCGGCAGGAGCAGCCUGUAAACCGGCCAUCGCCCUCACGUCAGUCUCUAAUGCCAUUAGGUCAUGGACAGAUAACAUUGAGACUGCUCUGCGUCAAAACGUCCCAACAGAAGACGUAAUAAAAGCCUUAGAGGAACUCAGGCUAUCAGCAGACUUUGUCGGAGUCGCUGCCAUUGAUACCAUCAGAUGCUCGGCGAGAUCUAUGUUACACUCUGUGAUGGCAAAAAGGGCCUUGUGGCUGAAACCCUGGUCAGCUGACCUUUCAUCCAAACAGAGCUGGUGCAAAAUUCCCUUUGAUGGGAAGGCGCUUUUCGGAGAUAAGAUGGAUAACGCAAUCUCUAGGCUGUCAGGAGGGAAGUCUGGUAUGCUCCCACAAGACAGGAGAACACGAAGAUUCAGAGGUGGUCCCUCUAGGUUCCGCCGCUCAGAUUCAAGAGACUUCAGAAAUUCGGGUCAAUUCAGAGACAACAGAAGACCUUGGAGAGGCACUCAGCAAUCCUUCUUGAACAGAAAGAUGAAAGCCCCUCCGGCUCCUCAGGAGCAAAAGCAGUCCUUUUGACGCCGAGCCAACCCUGACACUC